CUUUGAGGCAAAAAGACAGACGUGAAGAUGACCGUAAAGAGAAGUCGUCAAAACCUAUUCAAAUAUCGGCUGAGGACAUGCAAGGCAAAACUGAAGAAGAAAUUGAGAUGAUGAAACUAAUGGGAUUUUCAACAUUUGAUUCUACGAAGAUCUUCCACUAUGGAGAACAUUUGGCACAUCAUGAAGAGGAAGGUUUGACAAAGGCGGCCUAAGAAAGUGAAGUUAGAGGGGAAGAAAAGUGAAGGAGCUACCAAUGCUUAUGCUGUCAAUACAACCAUGAAAAGAAAAUACAGGCAAUACAUGAACAGGAAGGGUGGAUUUAACAGACCUCUGGACUUCAUCGCAUGAAGCCCUAUUGUCUCUUUAUUCAUGAAACAAAUUUCUUGAUGUUUUUUUUCCAUUUUAUUUUGUAACCUUAUGUUGUGUGGGAUGCAGGAUUUCUCUAUAGGUUUUUGCUCAGCAUUAUUAUACAUCGGGUCUUGGUGCUUCUAUUACACCAUGCAUGUUUUGUUAUGAACAUGAUUUUUGUCAAGCCUCAUGCUGUUCUGAAGUUGUAAAUGUAGUAAUGUUAAUCAACUGAAAUAAAAGUCUUUUUGAAAUUAUUCAACUGUAAUGUCUCAAUUUGCAGUUUUUUGUCAAAUAUGCAGGCAGUUGCAUGGCAACUCUGAAGAUGAAUAAUCAUACAGUAUCCACGAUAUUAAGCAAAUGUUCAAUUCUCUGAUUUGAUGAUAAAUGUGUCUAUGUAAUAUAUUCAAUACCUGACAUUCAACGCCUGUAAAGUUAAUUUUAAAAUCUUUAAAUAGUUAAGCAGUAAUAGACUUGUUUUACGAGCAAUACAGAUGAUUUCUUGUUUUUGAAGACGUUUUCCAGUAAUGUUUGGCAAACGUGAAUCGGAAGACCAAGAGAGACGCGCCUGCGCAGAUGAAUUUAUAGGAGGAGCAAACUGAAAGACCGCAUGUAAAUUUAACAAAUCCCCGACCACAACACGAGACAAACAACACUGCAAGAGCCAAUCAUAAUCCUACACUGCGAUUGAGCAUGUUUACGGAGGCGUUUCAAAAUGGGCGUUAUGAGUCAAGAUGGUGGCCAAUGAUAACCGGGUUUGACAUAAUUUAACCAAUGGGAGCCCACAAUGGUAUUCCAGCUGCAAGGUUGCCAUUAUGGCUCCGCCAAUGAACAAAGCCAGCGUGUGGGUGACCCAAAAUGGCUCAUCCCAGACAUCAGUUUCUGUGGACGUCGGGUAAUUUCUAAUGAUUGACAGUUGAACGUCCAAUAGAAGUCUGAGUUGGUAUAUUUUAUAACCAAUCACAUCUAAUCAAAGGAAAAGGUUUGUCUUGGAAUACAGUAAUUAAAUGUCAUCCAAAUGCUGUAUACACAAGCCAGUAUAUAGAAGGCAGAUAGACUUAACGCUAGCUGAUAUUUGUGGCUUUCUACGUUUUAGCAGACACGAAGCGUGUGAUCAGCGAUGAACUAGCACAACAACAAGCUAUCAACACAUCCUUGAAUUCAUAAGGUUGGAUGACAUCGACGGGUGAACUUUUAAAAAGGCCUAACUCGUGUUAAUUUCCUGUAACUUACUUAACGAGGCCAAUAUUUGUGCUUUUUGGACCAGUUAGACUCGCCCAUACGUCGUGGAACUCGUGACAAACUUAUGUUUAUCGCAAAUUGUCACUGGCUCGAUUGCUCGUUCUCGUUUUCCUGGCAGAGCGAGAAUAUUUUUUAUGCGUCAACCCAAUAGUUGAAACUGCCUGUAAAGUGAAUUGCCAGGGUCAGUGGCAGUUGUCUCGAAUGAGAGUAAAGCAUCCGUUUCUAUAAAGCAGUGUUUGCCAGAGCAGCUAAACGCUAUAGUGUUUACGUGAACCACUUCAUCUGACAUUUUAGGCAAAGAAUUAGGGGAAAGUGCGUCUUGCCUUGUUUUGUGGCACGUUCAAGUUUUCUACAACCCGUUAGAUACUUAGUCGGAGAGACAAACACUUGCCUUAAAAUAGCCACUGUCAGAGCAGAAAGCUGCUGUGUGUUCGGACGAAGAGCAGGUUGUGUACAGCCACAGGAUCCCUCAUCGGAUUAUUUAAAUAUCAGUGAUAUUGCUGAACAUGACGGCUAUCGGAAUGGUGCAGAUGCUCAUCGAAGCAGCCGAAUAUCUUGAUCGCAGGGAACGAGAAGCUGAGCAUGGCUAUGCUUCCCUGCCACCUUUCAUUAGCAGCCGAGAGAGGGAAAAUUUGAAAAGGAAAAGCAAAAGCAAGAAAAACAUAAGUAGCAGGUCUACACACAAUGAAAUGGAGAAGAACAGGCGGGCACAUCUUCGACUGUGUUUAGAACGACUGAAAUCCCUGGUUCCAUUAGGUCCCGAUGCCAACAGGCACACUACCCUGAGCCUGCUGAUGAAGGCCAAAGAUCACAUCAAGAAGUUGGAGGAGAGUGACAGAAGAGCCCAGCACACCUUAGAACAGUUACAGAGAGAGCAGAGACAUCUGAGAAGGCGCUUGGAGCAGCUCGGUGUGGAAAGAAUCCGAAUGGACAGCACUGGCUCAACCGUGUCCUCAGACAAAUACGAUUCUGACCAAGAGGACCUGGAUGUGGACGUGGAGGGGACGGACUACCUACUGGGUGAUCUAGAGUGGAGUACCAGUAGCGUGAGUGACUCCGGGGACGAACGGGGCAGCCUGCGCAGCAGCUGUAGUGAUGAGGGCUAUGCCAGCGCCAGUCUGCGGCGCCUGCAAGACACUCAGGAGAGGGCCAAGCAGCUGGCCUGCAGUCUAUAAACCUCACUGGUCCACGUAUAAUCACGUUCCAAGAAUGUGGUGCCCUCCCAUGGUGAUAUACCCACCUCAAGCCCUCCUCCGCCUUCAAGCCUAAACCAAUCAUGAGGCUUUUCAUCCAACCCAGUUUUUUUUUUUUGCCUUUAAGCGACUUCCAAUUCUGACCAAGCGUCUAUGAAGAACCUCCCCGCAGCCUGCCAGUCGUUUUAUGACGAAACAGUUCGGUCCUCCCCUACUUGUCCCUCCGUCCAUCACAAAUGCGACUUUCAGCCAGAGAAUGUUACUUUACAAUAUCCCACUGCCUCUUCUUUAAUGUGUCCAAAAGCACUUAAGAAAUUUCACAUCCGGACACACACUCCAUCGUUGCUCUCUACUUAUCCUUAUGACGUUGCUCUGUAAGGUGUUCUACAAAAGCAGGUCUUUGCCAGGCUCACCAGUCAGUCAUCUGUUUUUUGUAUAAAAUAGCCUUCUCAACCUUUUCCAAGCAUUUCUUAAAAGGUAUACACCCCUUCCCCACUUUCAUACUUCAGAAGUCAACUUGAAAGUGCUUCAAACAUUACAAAGUGCACAGCAUGGAACAGCAAUACGAGCUAAGGCCUUUUCACCCUGACAAUUUUGGUCAACACCUGAAAACUGGAGGUUUGGGGUUGAUGCUCUCUGUCUUUUGCAAGUUAUAAAUGCGUGAUUGUCUGUCUGUCUGAAUCUGGCAACGGCAGAGGUCGAUUUCUAGGCAGUUUCUAUCACCAGCUCCCUGGCCUAUUUGUGGAAUGUUUUGGCAGGUGGUGCACUAUUAUCCAUUACCUCUUGAGCAGGUGUUACCUGGGAUGGAAGGUCUACUUACUGAGAGAUUCGAGAGGCUGGAGAACAUUCCACUGUGUAGAGAGAAAGGCUGAGAGCAUGAUUUUUUUUAAAGUUCCUGCCAUCAAAUUACAAAAAAAUAUCACCCUAAAAAAAGGUGUGCUUUGUUUUCCCAUGAGCACAUACAGUACAAAGAGUGGACUCCAUUCUGUGUUAAUGCCAGAAAGACCAUCUCUAUUGUCUUGCCUUGAUAGCUAUUUAUUGUUUUUGAAAAAAUGUAUAUCUAAUGUAAAUAGUUUAAAGAAAGAUACCUAUGUCUAUCAGAAGUAUUUAUUAGAUCUGGUAAAGCUAGAGAAGAAUAUACAUAUAUAUUUAAUUAGUUCUGCAUAGCCUUUGUUCUUGUGAAGUUUUGAGAGUUUCACAUGUGUCGUUUGUUUGCACAGCCUAGUCAAUCCAUUGAAUAUUUAGAAAUGUCUUUUGUGCCUCAAGGCUUUGUGUCUGUUAGGAAGUUUGAAAGCAGAUCUCACAUAAUAUGACAUGUUAAUUUGUGGUUAAUAUUAGGGAUACGGUGCCACCAGGUUCCUAAAGGGCUCUUUGCAGAGAACGCCAUGACAUCACUGCUGAAGAUUUAGCUGCAAACUCGUUACUGAAUUCCAGCUGAGUUUGAGCCUUCAUAAAGCUAGUUUUUUUUCUUUUUCUUUUUUUCUUUUUUAGACCACUCAGCAGGAGGGCUAAAACUAAAAAGGUUCUGGUUGAGGACAUAAACUCAAAUUGCCUACUCCUCCGUCAUUCGUGGAAUGAUCUGAAUGAAAUUAUGUAGGUAUAUUCAGGGGCGCUGCCAGGGAGUUUGGGCCCCAUGAAAAGAUAUCACUUUGGGCCCCACCAAUGGUGCCGGGACACACACACACUUUUAGAGUAUCAACUACGUCAUUUCCUGUUAAAGAUGCGGCUGGCUCACAAAGGGGGUCAGGAGACAGGGCUGCUGAGGCAGACGCAGCAAGAGGAGUUGUGCCUGUUACAACAGGCAAGGGCAGAGACAACUGUUUUAGUAUGAAGAGCUUGCUAAGGGUUUGCCUGCUGUACUGGUUAAAUGUAAGCUAAAUGUGGAGCAAACACUAGCUAGCAAACAAUUACAGUAUUUCAUUAUGGAGUAGGCUUAGCCCCAUCUGGAAACUCGCGAUCUCCACUAUAGGCUACAGCUCCGAAGCAAGGUCCAUUGUUAACAAACUAAAUUCAAUUGAUGACAAACUAAAUUCAAUAAAUUCUUGACAAACUUGAUUCAAGCCGAUUAAAAAAAAAAAAAGAACAUUUUCACACCAACUUUCAACAUCUGCAGGAUCCCAAAAAAUGCCGUCAUUAUUUGGAAUUCAUGUUUUUGAAUAGGUGAAUGUCGCUCAUUGAGGCCGGGACCUCGCUUCGGAGCUUUGUAAUAGACAUUGCGAGGUUCCAGAUGGGGCUGGAGUAGGCCAAAAUAACAGGUUAAUUUUCAGCACUACACUGACACAAGACACCAAUCUUCCUUUGUGAAGUACUUUGUCACAUCCUGUUGGCCUUUUCUACCCCUCUCCUUUUUUUGCUUUCUUUCCUCUUUUGAUAAACCGAUUUUUGUUUUGAAAACAUUUCUGCAGUACCGCGCACUCCGAGUCAUUGACUGGUGUAAAUGUGCAUCACUACUCCAGCUCUGAUAAAAGGAAGGGCUGACCAAACCAUUUAAUGAAAAUAUAGGGGGUGGGGGGUUUGGUGGGAGGGCUGGCAUACAUAUUGUCCCUAGGUAGUUUUUGCGAAAAAAAAAAAGAAAAGAAAAAGAAACCCUUGGUUUUAUCCUAUUAAAAUUAUAAUGAUUAAUAUUCAAAUUAGCAAACGAUUACCUGAUGUUCUAAUUUUCUUUGUGGGCCCCAUCAGGGCAUGGGCCCUUAGAAUCAAUAUCACUUUUCACCCCUAUACGGCGCCCCUGGGUAUAGUCUAGGGAUGUAUAUAUAUCGAUCCUCAAAGCCCGAAUUUCAAUAUUAUGUCUGAGGGCUAAUCAAUUAACUGCAGAUUUAUUGGUGCUUGUGGGUUUGGCACUUCCCAAUCGAGUGCAUGUGCGCUCUUCAGCUGUGCUUAUCCUGCAUUUGAGCUGAUAAUACUUUUAGGAAGUCGAGCGGUCGUAGUACAUUUGAACUUGGAUUUAGCGGUUCCAAAAGCAUGACUAACAAAUGCAUUUAUAUUGAUGUUUUGUGCACAUCUUCAACCGAUUUCAACAAAAUUUUAUGAAUCCACGGAUUUCUCAGCUGUAUUAAACUCAUUUGUGAUUGACAGUACUGUAUAUAUUCUGUGACUGGGCGGAAUUUAGGAAGGUGCUGGGGGUGCAACUGCACCUGAGCCCAGGCCUCUAAGGGGCCCUGUUUGCAGGCAUAAAGUAGGCAGGGGAGGGUCAAACAGAAGGAUAAGAUGACGUGCGGAGCUGUAAUAUAGCGUUUAGUAAAAUAUCUCUGUCAGCCUGGAGGGGCCCGCAAAAACAAAUUUCACUUGCACCCUGCUACAUACAUACACACACAGGACGAUCGUCUUGAGGGGCCUGCGAAUAAUUACUAGUACCAGUACAAGUACAACUUCUGUUGAGUGCAAGUCCAAUGUUCGGAAGUAUAGCUGCUCCAAGUAUGUUAAAACCUUCUCAAAAUUUCUUUUCAGUGUGCAGGAUGAGGUUUUAUAAAGAGAACGUCCAUCUUUGAUGGUUAGGAAUGAAUGGGGCCAUUUAAAAAAAAAAAAAAAAAACGACUGGAAAAGACCGAGCAGCUUUUGGACAGCGUUGGUUAGAACAAGUACAUAAAAAAGACUAACUAACACAACAGUCUGUUUAAACAUACACUUUAGGCAGUGGUUUUGUGCAAAGAACCCAUAACAAAAUUUGUGAAUGGAAAAAUUAUACCAUAGAAUAGAUGGUGGCCCAGUUUAGAGUGGUUGUGGUAGCAGCCAAUGUGACAUCCGCCGCUUAUGGUUCUCAGUUCAAACAUAAAGAUAGUACACCAAAAUCAAUCAACAGAUAAAAAAAGAACAGAAUCACAAAAAUAAAUAUUAGUUUCUGAGUGUGGAAUGCUGCUUUUUGUAAAAAAAAUAAAAAAUAAAUAAAUAAAAUAAUUAUUCAAGAAAGGAUGUGUAGCAAUGUUAUGAAGAGGAUGUGAAGGGAAAUGUAUAGAAAAGCGGGUAUAUACUGACACAUGCAUGUAGUAUGUGUGUGUCUCAACCCUUGGACAAUUGAUUGUGCAUCAUGAUAAAGCAGUAAUCAAAUUUGAAAUUUGGAUUGCUUAUUCUGAGUCUUUUAAUUUUUCUUAAAUUUUAAUUUGUAUUAAUUGCUGUUAAACUAACAACCUAGAGUUGUCCUACAAGCAGGACUUUAGUGUAAUGUUUUAUUGAGAUGAUUAAUCAAUUGGCCCAUUGUGUUAUUAUUGUGUCACUGUCUUCGGAGAGGAUUGAAUAAGUUUGUAUAGUAAUGGCAGUUUUAAACACAAAACACUGUAUGUAUAUGUACAGUAUAAUUCAAAAAGCAAAAAAAAAAAGUUUGCUUAAAGAAAGAUUCACGUGUUAACCUUACCAUUUAAUUUCUCCAUCCCCCCCGUCAAAGACCUUCUUGUCUUCCGCCAAUCUGCACGUGUGACCCCCACCUGAACCCUUCCUCAUGUUGCCCUGGCAUCUGUGAGUUUAGGCCAGGCAAGCAUGCGGUAGAUGGAGAGUGUUUAAGACCCUGGUGCUUUAAACAUCUGCCUAAAGAGGCAGGUGGUCAAUCUCAAAGAACAACCAGUUGUUUAAGCUACAGGUUUCAGCACUGAUGGCUCUUGUGUUUGUUUGUAACUUAUUUGAUUUGUGCAUACUUUUGUGGCUAGUGUUGCCUUAAACUGACCUAAAAUGUAAAAACCUAAUAUAAAUGUUGCUACAUGUUUGAAUAGAAUCUAUUGAAAUGUAAGGCAAAUUGUUUUGAGGCGUGCUGUCCUGCAUCAACAUAACUCUCAGCAUCAACAUUGUAACAUGAAUAUCAUUGUCAUCUGAUGCUGCCUUCUCAGGCGGCUCAUUACUUCUGUAUGUUCAAAAAUCAACCUAAAGGUGGACAUUUCGUGCACUUAAUUUUUAAAAAAUUGGACAACUGAAGCAACAAUGUGUGGCAGUAAUUUAUAUUUGCCAUUGAAAGUAAUAAAUGACUUUUAAACCCUUGGUUACCUACUGAGCACCUUGAGAUUGUCUUUUUCCCCCCCUCCACCAUACAGAAAAUCACUUCAUAAUUUUUCUGUGCCAAAGCAAAUGAUACCAAUGUUUUUGUUGCAGGUAUGAUAAUACUUGAGCAGUAAUUGGAAGGUUUUUCCUACAACACAUGAAAGACAUGGCACACUGGUUCUCACCAGUGUUUUCAGAAUCAUCUACUUGCCAGAUUUGACGUUUGUGUAAUCACAGCCAUCUGACUGCUACACACACAUGCAAGGGAAGAGGGGGAUGGGUAUGUUGAAAGGAUCCCCCCACCUUCUGGAACUGUGGAAAUGCUUCACAAGAUGGACACUACACAAAAAUUACAAUUAAAAAAAAAAAAAAAAACUGAAUGGUAAGGAACUCCUUGGCAUCUGUUUUAAUUCAAGUGGAAAUCUAAAUUAAGUAAUUUUAUUAUUUGGUCCUGUCAGGCCCUAUUAUUUAUUAGAAAACAUCUAACACAAAUUAAUUAAGGCCCGUGCAGAAUUCCUGCAAAUAAUUCUGUUUGCCUUACACACUGGUUUCAUGCUCAAACAAAACUGGAUGUGGGUAGUUGCCAUAGACGGCAAUGUUAUACUGCUGGGAAUGAUUAAGUGAGCCUAUCCACCACAGUCAGUCAUUCAUGCUUUGGUUGUCCUCACAACCACGACAAAAUUUAGCAUGUGUUUCUUUGUUUGCAGGAUCCCAAGCAAUAACCAAUAUAAACAUUUCAUUAGAAGAUUUUUAUCACUUAGCAUGUUGUACCAAGACAUUGGAGGGGGAACUCCAUUGUAAGGUGCAAGCCGUCUUUCACCUCCGGAGCCUUCCCACAUUCCAAAACCUUUUGAUUAUGUUACAGGUUAAUGCAAAUGGCAACUAUUUCAGCUUUCUAUGUUGAUAUGUCAUUAAGCUACCAUGUGAACUGCAGCUUAUACAAGUUUACAGAGGUUGAGGUACACUCUGGAACAGUGAUGUCACUUAUUGUAAUCUGAUUACUUUCUUUCAGUAACGAGCAAUCUAAUUCCAAACCAGUAAUCUGAUUAGUUUCCUUGGUGCCUGUGCAUUACUAUUUUGUUAUUGCUUCAUAAUGUAUAUAAAAUGAACAAUAUUAUAGUCUUAUACGAAGAGCAUUUUGAAUGUAAAAUGUUACAAAGGUUCCCACUACGCGUUCGUUUCCAUGGUAACCGCUCAUAGUUACUUCCUGUUUUGGUCUCGAGUCACACGCGCCAAAUGUUUUGGGACUGAGAAAGGAGUGUGGAGCGAAGUUGCACAUUCAAGCCGAGUGCAGCUACCUGUUGAGAUGUGCGAGGGAAUGUGGAUUUGUGUGCGUCCAUGAAUGAAUGUGAGUAUUUUUCCUAAAGGGUUCCAGCAAUAGGUUGGAGCCGCGACAUGCGGGCCAUUACGUAGCUUUGCCGUUGCAACGGCGGGCAGUCGGCGAGCAAUGUUUACAUUAUAUUUUUGUUCCACAUUUAUGCCAUGAGGUGACGCGUUUGUUUAGCAUCUUUGGGAUGUGUUGUAAUUCCGAUUGAGUGUUAUGAGUUUCCGCUACGUUUUGCAACAAAUUGACCGUAUGUGUGUACGGCGUACUUCCGGGUUGUGCUCGCGCAUUCGCGCCCGCCCCCACCUUGGUGUUUAUUGCACUGUGCAAUUCCUUUGUGUGUUGUUGAUUAUUGUGCAGUCAAUUUGCAGUAUUUUAUUGGCACUGAUAUGCUGUUAACCCUAACCCGUAGUUUAACAUUUUCGACAUUAGGCUUAAUCUUUGAGUUAGGGGGGGUUUAAUUAGACGGUGGAGUUGAUUUCAACAAAUUCCAUGCAGUUUGCCAGUUAUUUGUUAGUUUUAGGGCUCCGGAGUGGCUAAGCUAGCGCAAGUCAAUAAUGGGUGGAAUCAACUCCAUCAAUUGAAUAAAUCCUCUUUAACUCAAAGAUUACUUAUGUGAAAAAUUCUGAUCUUCCCCUUUAAAUUCAGUUCCAUGCGAUGCCAUUUUUCUGUUGUCAUUCUUAUGUUGAGGCAGCAAAGGGAGAAAAAUGGGUAAAACGUAACCGAUAAAUUCCUAUUAAAGUAACGUAGUUACUUUGAUAAUAAAGUAAUCAGUAAAGUAAGUAGAUUACUUUUUUGAGGCGUAAUCAGUAAUUAACAGUAAUUAAAUUACUUUUUCAAGUAAUCUGUGAAAACACUGCCCUGGAACGGAAUACCAUAUCACGACACUCACAUUUGUUACCCUUUAGAUAUAAGGAAAGCAGCCAUCAAAUAUGAACUGUGUAAUACAGCAUUUCUAAUGAACACUGAUAUGAAAGGUGCUGCUUUUGCAUUAUGUUGAAUUUAAUUUUUAAACAAGCUGAUGUGUGUAGGGUAACUGUGUAUGUUCUUAGCUUGCAUUGCUGUCUCUGCAAACAGAGGAGAGCCCAUGUGUGUGUGAGCAAGGGAUUUCCCAAGGGAAUGAAGUGAGAUAUGCACAUCACAAGAGCUCAGUUCUCUGAAUACAGACAAAGCGGGUGGUGUUCUGCAAGUGACACAUUAAAAAGAAGUGCUGUUAACACCUGGCGUUUCAAAACUCAAGAGAAGGCAUUGUGCAGCAGUUGGACACAAUGGACAGCAAUGGUUGGUACUCAGACCCAAAUGACAAUCAUUAUUCUGAUUUCAAUUAAACAUUCAUAUUACAGACUUAAACAUCGAAUGAUGAACGGCUGUAUAAAUUCGAAGGUAUUAAUUGUCCAAAGAGAGCCUCUUGUAUGUUAUUCAAUUGGAAACUUUAUAUUUUUUCUGUCUUUUGCAGUACUGUACAUGGGUUAUUUUGACUCAUGUCCGCCAUUUUUAAGAAGCCAUGAACGCCCAAAGGGUUCUUUGCAGGAAGGACAGCACCAUCUUCCGGUUAGUGUUGGAAAAUCCUCUCACAUAUUUGUUAUGUCAAGAUACAAGAUUUAUACUAGUGGUCCUUCUCAAAAAAUUAGCAUAUUGUGAUAAAGUUCAUUAUUUGCUGUAAUGUACUGAUAAACAUUAGAAUUUCAUAUAUUUUAGAUUCAUUACACACAACUGAAGUGGUUCAAGCCAUUUAUUGUUUUAAUAUUGAUGAUUUUGGCCAAAAAGUGAAGAAAAAACAAAAAUCCCUAUCUCAAAAAAUGUGCAUAUCAUGAAAAGGUACUCUAAAGAAGCUACUAACCAAAUCAUCUGAAUCAACGAAUUAACUCAAAACCCCUGCGAAAGAUUCCUGACGCUUUUAAAAACUCCCAGCCUGGUUCAUUACUCAAAACCGCAAUCAUGGGCAAGACUGCCGACCUGACUGCUGUCCAGAAGGCCAUCACUGACACCCUCAAGCAAGAGGCUAAGACACAGAAAGAAAUUUCUGAGCGAACAGGCUGUUCCCAGAGUCCCGUAUCAAGGCACCUCAGUGGGAAGUCUGUGGGAAGGAAAAAGUAUGGCAGGAAAUGCUGUAUGUAUGAAGAGGUAACCGCACCCUAAGAAAGAUUGUGGAGAAGGGCCAAUUCAAGACCUUGGGGGACCUGCAGAAACAGUGGACUGAGUCUGGAUUAGAAACAUCCAGAGCCACCGUGCACAGGCGCAUGCUGGAAAUGGGCUAC